GUUGACGUCAGUGCUUGCGUGGGAAUUCUCUCCUUUCUAGUAGAGCCCAGAAGGUCUGCGCGAGCUGUCAGGCCCCUGAGCGGCCGCUGACCCACCUCUGCUGCCUCCGCUCUGGUUGUCUUUCUUUGUCUCCCUCGCCAGGGGCUGGCUGUUUAACCCGCGCCCCAUCCUGCACCCAGCGAAACGGGAAGUUGUCGUGGGCAAAAGCAAGAGAGCCGGACAGCUGCUUAGGUGAGAGCCCUGCGGCGCAGCCAGGAGCCGGGAGGCAGCAUCCCCUCGCUGCGUCCCCGGGUGGCGUGGCCUCUGGGUGGCGGCGGCCUCUGCCUGGCGCCGACCCUUCUAGCUUUGCCUUCUUCCGGCGAGCAGAACGGGCAAGAGGGAAGGGGUGCAGUUAACGGUCCCCUGCUCGCCCGCCUAUCGCCGUGCCGGCAGCCCCUGGUUCCCUGUUCCAACAUCUGCCCCGUCCGGGAUGGAGUAUAAAAGGAAACCCAUUCGAGGCCUGGGGCAUUGACCACGCAGCGCAAACAAAAGGAACUCUAUUUUGAGAAUCUCUCAAAACGAAAAAAAAUCAUGGAGAAGAAUGGGAACAACCGAAAACUGCGAGUUUGUGUUGCUACUUGCAACCGAGCUGAUUAUUCAAAACUUGCCCCUAUCAUGUUUGGUAUUAAGGCAGAGCCUCAAUUCUUUGAACUUGAUGUGGUAGUACUUGGAUCUCACCUAAUAGAUGACUAUGGAAACACAUAUCGUAUGAUUGAACAAGAUGAUUUUGACAUUAAUACAAGGCUACACACCAUAGUUAGGGGUGAAGAUGAGGCAGCCAUGGUGGAGUCAGUAGGUCUUGCAUUAGUAAAGCUACCAGAUGUUCUUAAUCGUCUGAAACCUGACAUAAUGAUUGUUCAUGGUGAUAGAUUUGAUGCACUGGCUGUGGCUACAUCUGCUGCCUUGAUGAAUAUUCGUAUUCUUCAUAUUGAAGGUGGAGAAGUAAGUGGGACCAUAGAUGACUCUAUUAGACAUGCUAUAACCAAAUUAGCUCAUUAUCAUGUGUGCUGCACCAGAAAUGCAGAACAACAUCUGAUAUCUAUGUGUGAAGAUCACGACCGCAUUCUUCUGGCAGGCUGCCCCUCCUAUGAUAAACUCCUUUCAGCCAAGAAUAAAGACUACAUGAGUAUUAUUCGUAUGUGGUUAGGUGAUGAUGUAAAACCAAAAGAUUACAUAGUAGCACUACAGCAUCCUGUGACUACUGAUAUUAAACAUUCUAUAAAAAUGUUUGAAUUAACAUUGGAUGCACUUAUCUCAUUUAAUAAAAGGACGCUAAUUUUAUUUCCAAAUAUUGAUGCAGGGAGCAAAGAGAUGGUUCGAGUGAUGAGGAAAAAGGGAGUUGAGCAUCACCCCAAUUUCCGAGCAGUAAAACAUGUACCAUUUGACCAAUUUAUACAACUUGUAGCUCAUGCUGGAUGUAUGAUUGGCAAUAGCAGUUGUGGGGUACGAGAAGUGGGAGCAUUUGGUACUCCUGUAAUCAAUCUAGGAACACGACAGAUUGGAAGAGAAACAGGUGAAAAUGUUCUUCAUGUUCGGGAUGCUGAUACACAAGAUAAAAUACUGCAAGCUCUGCACCUCCAGUUUGGCAAACAGUAUCCUUGUUCAAAGAUAUAUGGGGAUGGGAAUGCUGUUCCGAGGAUUUUGAAGUUUCUCAAAUCAAUUGAUCUCCAAGAACCACUACAAAAGAAGUUCUGCUUUCCCCCUGUAAAGGAGAACAUCUCUAAAGACAUUGAUCAUAUUCUUGAAACCCAAAGUGCCUUGGCUGUUGAUCUAGGUGGAACAAACCUCCGAGUUGCAAUAGUCAGUAUGAAGGGUGAAGUAGUUAAGAAGAACACUCAGUCCAAUCCUAAAACUUAUGAAGAAAGAAUUAAAUUAAUUCUACAGAUGUGUGUGGAGGCUGCAGCAGAAGCUGUAAAACUAAAUUGCAGAAUUUUGGGAGUAGGUAUUUCCACAGGUGGACGUGUAAAUCCUCGUGAAGGAAUUGUACUACAUUCUACCAAACUUAUUCAAGAAUGGAGUUCUGUGGAUCUGAGGACCCCAAUCUCAGAUACAUUGCAUCUCCCUGUCUGGGUAGACAAUGAUGGCAAUUGUGCUGCCUUGGCAGAAAGAAAAUUUGGUCAAGGAAAAGGACUGGAAAACUUUGUGACACUUAUCACAGGCACAGGUAUUGGUGGUGGUAUCAUUCACCAGCAUGAGCUGAUACAUGGCAGCUCUUUUUGUGCUGCUGAGCUCGGACACCUCGUGGUGUCUUUGGAUGGACCUGACUGUUCAUGUGGGAAUCAUGGGUGCAUCGAGGCCUAUGCCUCUGGGAUGGCCUUACAGAGAGAAGCUAAGAAACUUCACGAUGAAGACCUUCUCUUAGUGGAAGGAAUGUCAAUGAAAAAAGAAGAAACUGUUAGUGCUCAUCAUCUCAUUCAGGCAGCUAAACUUGGCAAUGCAAAAGCUGCUAGUAUUCUUAGAACAGCAGGGACAGCUUUGGGCCUCGGUGUUGUGAAUAUUCUUCACACAAUGAAUCCUUCGCUUGUGAUCCUCUCUGGAGUCCUAGCAAGUCACUACAUUAACAUUGUCAAAGAUGUGAUCCGACAACAAGCUUUGUUUUCAGUUCAAACUGUGGAUGUUGUUGUUUCAGACUUGGUAGAUCCUGCCUUGCUUGGUGCUGCAAGUAUGGUGUUAGAUUAUACCACACGCCGAGUACAGUGAUGGACUUAGAGCUAUGGAAUUGAAGGAAGAUCUUAAAUUUAAUAGUCUGUUGAUUGUCUUUUUAAAGUGAAAUUUUAAAUGAAUAAUUUUAGCUACCAGUAAUUUUGGCAUACAAAUGUGCACCUUUGUUCUUGCCUUCUAUUUCUUGUCUACAUUUAUUGUCCUUGUAUUUAUAGAGCUAGAUCUCAGAAUAUUUAGAAACCAGUCUCCUCUCUCUGUGCCAAAGAAAGCAGCAUAAUAGAUUUGGACUCAUUUUUAUAUCAUAGUCCAUAAUGUCUUUUUUAAGUUCUAUAUUUUGAUAUGGUAGCAUAGAUGUAGGUAACCCAUUACUUUUCAGACCUGCUAUCCUCAGAUAUUUUAGUAUAAUAAAAUCUUGCUUAAGGCUUAAGCAAUUCUGAAUCAACAAAUCUCUUCUUUAAAAUUUAUAUGACCUGCCUUCUAAUUUUUUUGUUUUUCAGUUACAUACAUUUGUUUUCUCCCCUUUGCCCUCAUGUAAAAGGAAAAAAGGAAAAAAAAAACACACAAAGCCUUCAUUACAAUUAUGUAUAGUCAAGCAAAACAAAUUAA